UAUGUGUACAAGUGUGUUUUGGAGUCUCCUGCGGGUUGAGAUGACUUACUGAUCACUUAUUGAGGCGGAAGCAUCGUCGGGACUUGUCAUGUGGCGCCGCCGCGCAGCUGAACUUGCAAUUGGAUUUGCUGCGUAAAAGGGGGGGUGCGUUUUCGCCAGGAACGGAGUUAUUUGCAGUCACUUGGACUGGUUUUGUAUCCACAGUAUCCAAAUGCCUGCGGGGUCGGAGAAUGAGGAAAAAAUGGAAGGCUUCAACAGAGUGGCUUUUCGUAGGAAACAAAGAAGUCUGGAUAGUGCGCAGCGGGAAUCAGCAGAGAGGAAAAGCAAGACGCCCUGUUGCCACACUAGAAGCGCCGAUGACAACUGUGUGGCGGUGAAAAUCGAAACGUCCUCAGCUCUAGGCAACAGCCCAGUGCGCAAACACAGCAACACGCCCAUUUUGCAGGCGUGUCUGAGUCGGGCGACUGGAGGGACAUCUGACAGGAGCAGGGGAGGGGUCAAUGGAAGAGGACCUGGCAGCAGGCCUCGGCUGCAGUCUAAACCUCAAGUGCCUCCGAAGCCAGCUCACCUCCAGAGCCCAGUGAAGGCUCUCCUGUCCCCAUCGGUCUUUGUCCAGAAACCACCGCUUAGAGUCGGCAUGGAGGACGGAGGAGGAAAACCGGGGGCCGUGACCCGGGAGAGAGCCAGGGAAAAAUACUCCAAAGUGUCAGACCUGAUCAGCCACUUUGAAGAGAACAGCAACACAGAGAAGAGAGACAGCUCACCGCUCAAACAUAUCAACAAGGCUUCCAACUGCAGUCCAGCUCACCGCGGCUACCCGAGGAAGGAGGCCGGCAGGACCCAGGAGAACCACUCCUCCGGACCGACGCAGGAUGCUCAGAAACCAGCGGCCAACGGGGUGCUAGUGCAGAUGGAGCAGGACAUGGAGAAGGAGGAGAAGGACCAGAGCGACCAUGGCAGUGCCAGGAUAAAGACUAAUGAGCUCGUAAAUGGAGAUACAGGAAGCGAAGAGCAAAGCGAAGAGCAUUCACCUCCACACACAGACAGGACUGGUACGGAGAGCCACACUGGGAAUGAGGACAGUGGUACUAAAACAGAGAGCGAGCAGAGGAGUGAAGAUGAGAGCACAGACAGAAAGGAGACCAAUGAACAGAAGUUGUUCAAUAUUGCCAGCGAGCUCCUGCACACAGAAAAGGCCUAUGUAGCACGACUCAACCUGCUGGACCAGGUAUUCUGUGCUAAGCUAAUGGAGGAGGCAAAUAAAGGAACUUUCCCCGUGGACGUGGUGAAGAACAUCUUCUCCAACAUCACGUCCAUCCACCAGUUUCACAGCCAGUUCCUGCUGCCAGAUCUGGAGAAACGCAUGGGGGAAUGGGCCUCCACACCUCGCAUCGGGGACAUCCUGCAGAAACUCACACCCUUCCUCAAAAUGUACGCUGAGUACGUGAAGAAUUUCGACAAGGCCAUGGAGCUGCUGAAACAGUGGACGGACCGCUCGCCUCAGUUCAAAGCCAUAAUUCAGGAGAUACAGAGUCAAGAGGCCUGCGGCUGUCUGACGCUUCAGCACCACAUGCUGGAGCCGGUGCAGAGAGUCCCUCGAUACGAGAUGCUGCUCAAAGACUACCUGAAGAAGCUGCCUCAGGACGACCACGACCGCAGAGAUGCAGAGAGAUCUUUGGAAAUUAUUGGAACAGCAGCUACACACUCCAACAGUGCCAUCAGAAAGUCUGAUAACUUAAAGAAACUGUUGGAGAUAUACGAGAUGCUGGGUGAAGAGGAGGACAUUGUUCACCCCUCUAAUGAGUUCAUCAAAGAGGGCCACAUCCUGAAGCUGGCAGCCAGGAACACCUCAGCCAUGGAGAGAUACCUCUUCCUGUUCAACAACAUGCUGUUAUACUGCGUCCCAAAGUUCAGUCUGGGGGCGACUAAGUAUACAGUGCGGACGCGAAUUGGGAUAGACGGCAUGAAGGUCCUGGAAACAGCCAAUGACGACUACCCUCACACCUUCCAGGUGUCGGGCAAAGAGAGGACCCUGGAGCUCCAGGCCAGCUCAGAGCAAGACAAAGCAGACUGGAUCAAGGCUUUCCGGGAAACCAUAGAGAUCUUCCAGCAAAAAAACGAGUCGUUCAAGAACGCUCAGAAGGAUGUGGAGGAAGUGUCGAAUGCCGAGCUGGGGAAGCGGGCCCCUCGUUGGAUCCGGGACAACGAAGUGACGAUGUGCAUGAAGUGUAAGGAGCCUUUCAAUGCUCUGACGCGGCGGAGACACCACUGCAGAGCCUGCGGCCACGUGGUGUGUUGGAAAUGCUCAGACAACAAGGCGCAACUUGAAUAUGAUAACAACAAGUCUAACAAAGUCUGCAGAGACUGUUUCUCCAUCCUAUCGGGUGAAGGCGUCGCCGAAGGCAAGAAGAAAGGAAUUCUUGAGAUCGAGGCCGCUCAGUUCACGGACAGCAGCAUCAUGUGCAGCUUCCUGCAGCACUCUGAGAAAGGCAAAAUUUGGCAGAAGGUUUGGUGUGUCAUCCCUGAGCAGGAGGGUCUCGUGCUGUACCUGUAUGGAGCGCCACAGGAUGUGAAGGCCCAGUGUACAAUUCCCUUACUAGGUUACUCUGUGGAUGACAGUGUCCGACCCGCAGACCCCCCGGCCAGCUUCCGCCUCUCACAGUCCAAGUUCGUCCACAACUUUGCUGCCGAGAGCGAAGAGCAAAAGCAGCGCUGGCUCAAAGUGAUCCGAGUGGCUGUGACUGGAGAGAUGCCAGCCCGGCCUGAGACCAACGGCAGCAACACGCUGCACAACGACGACACACAAGAACCCAGUCCUGAGAGGACAUGAGCCGAGCGUUUUUCUGCACACAAACAGCUGUGGGACGUUUCCUCAUCCAAACUGCUGUUGGAUUGUUCAAGGAAGACAGAUGCCCUCUCUUCUGUCCUUGAAUAUUAGAGACAAAGUGGGACAGUUCGUGCUGGAUAAGCUGCCUUUUUCUUUUAUCUCAGCUGUUUCCUGGAUUUUCCUCUGCAACAACUGUGCUGGAUUACUAACGGACGUUUCUAGUACAAUCAACACUAGAGCAGAGGACCCUGAAAAUGCAUCAACUUAAACUUUCAAAACAGACACUAUUAAGCACAGCCCAAACUCAUUUUUCGCACAUCUCGUGUCCCUGGACUACGACGGUCAAUCAAAACAAAAGGGCAAGUCAAACUUGGUCUGCUAGUGCUGUAGCUCUGUGUACUUGUACAGUACUUUAAUUGUUCUUUUUUUAUCUUUAAAACAAACAUUUUAAUUUUUUUUUAUGUACAGGAAGUAGUCACAAGUUUUGUUUCAGUAAAAAGGAAAAAUAUCUAGGUUUAAGUACUAACAGUAUUUCCCUUCAUUUCUGUGCUAAAGAAAAUUGUUCUAAACUGAAAAAAAAAAGAUCACAAUGUUGGAUAAUGAUGGUUUCAUCUCUAGUCUUGUCCCUUGGCAAAAAACAACAACAGUGGAUUAAUGUCAGCAAAGCUUGUUUCAUCUUAAAGCCCAAAUGCAGGUCAAAUAACCAAAUAUGAACGAGUGUUUUUGGCUCAUGUGAAUCAGUCACGAAUUUGAUAAGUCGUUGCUGCAUUAACAUUGAUCUGUAAAUGCAGCACCAUAUCUGUGCUCAUUGACCCGCAAGAUCAUCCACGAGUAAACGUCUAUAACAAGCAUUUAUUUACAAGCUGACAAAUGUGGCAAUAGCUCAUAAAAGUUCUAAUAAUGCACCUUCUUUACCUAUUAAAUCUCCCACCAUGCUAAGUCUAUUUACAUAUUUUCGCAGUUUUUCUGUCCUAAACCCAUCAGCCAAAGUCGAACCCCAACAACGAUGACACCAUGACGACACUACUAUUUCCCAGAGUUUGGCAGUUUUAUGUCAGCCACAGGAAUCUUGAUACAGUUAAGCAGGAGUUCUAUCCAUCCAUCCAUCCAUCCAUCCAUCCAUCCAUCCAUCUUCUUCCGCUUAUCCGUUCCCGGGUCGCGGGGGCAGCAGUCUCAACAGAGAUGCCCAGACUUCCUUCACCCCAGACACUUCCUCCAGCUCUUCCGAGGGGAGUCCGAGGUUUCCCAGGCCAGCCGAGAGACAUAGUCUCUCCAGCGUGUCCUGGGUCUUCCCCGGGGUCUCCUCCCGGUGGGACAUGCCUGGAACACCUCCCUAGGGAGGCGUCCAGGAGGAUCCGGUACAGAUGCCCAAGCCACCUCAGCUGACUCCUCUCAAUGUGGAGGAGUAGCGGCUCGACUCCGAGCUCCUCCCGGGUGACCGAACUCCUCACCCCAUCUCUAAGGGAGCGUCCAGCCACCCUGCGGAGGAAACUCAUCUCGGCCGCUUGUAUCCGCGAUCUUGCCCUUUCGGUCACUACACAAAGUUCAUGACCAUAGGUGAGGGUAGGGGCGUAGAUUGACCGGUAAAUCAACUCAGCUCCUUCUUCACCAUAACGGUCCGGUACACCGCCAACAUAAUUGCCGACGCUGCACCGAUCCGUCUGUCAAUUUCACGCUCCAUCUUUCCCUCACUACUAUAACACCUUGAGAUAUUUCAAAUCCUUCCCCGAUGGAGAACCAUGGCCUCGGUUUUGGAGGUGCUGAUUCUCAUCCCUGCCGCGUCGCACUCGGCCUCAAACCGCCCCAGCACAUGCUGAAGCCAACAGGACAACAUCAUCUGCAAAAAGCAGAGAUGAAAUCCUGUGGUUCCCAAACCGGAUCCCCUCCGGCCCCUGACUGCGCCUAGAAAUCCUGUCCAUAAAAAUGAUGAACAGGACCGGUGACAAAGGGCAGCCCUGCCGGAGUCCAACAUGCACCGGGAACAAGUCUGAUCUACUGCCGGCGAUGCGAACCAGACUCCUGCUCCGAUCAUACAGAGACCGGACAGCCCUUAGUAGAGGGCCCCGGACUCCAUACUCACUGAGCACCCCCCACAGAAUGGCACGAGGGACACGGUCAAAUGCCUUCUCCAGAUCCACAAAACACAUGUGGACUGGUUGGACAAUUUCCCAUGAACCCUCGAGCACCCUGCGGAGGGUAUAAAGCUGGUCCAGUGUUCCACGACCAGGACGAAAACCGCAUCGUUCCUCUUGAAUCCGAGGUUCGAGGGUGUGAUCCCCCUAUAGUUGGAACAUUCUCCAGUCACCCUUUUUAAAAAAGCAAACAUUUUUCAGUUUUAAUACCCUUUUUUAAAGUAUUGAAAAUUUAAAGAAUCAAUAUUUGGAGGUUAUGAUGAAAAUAGUUAGAAACUACAUCCAACUCCCGCGAGUGGGUUAAACGCGCCAUAUGUGUUGUAUUUAGUGUAUCUUUUAGUGGCCAUCUUCGAUGCGGGUGUUUUGUCCUCCAACUACAGGAAAAGGAAACGCUUUCAAAAUAAAGCAACGAGGUUACAGCCAGACAGGAAACAUGUCCACCCACCUGGGGGAAAACCACUGAUCUCACCUCACAGGGACAGACGAGCAAAGACCAUCAUUAUCUUCGUGUGGCAAAGUUUUUGCCUUUACGUGCAAAUGUAGCACAAUCAGACGUGGCACACUGAUGUGAAAAAAUGUAAAUGAGUCUUUAAUUUUUUUUUAAUUAAUUUUGUUAUUUAAAGUAAUUUAUGGAGAAUGACAAGCAUGAGCUGUUGAACAUAGCACAAAAUGGUUCCUUCUUUGUCAACUAAGAACUGUAUCUUUUUUCUGUUUCUGAAAUAGCAGAUUGUUUUUAUUUUCCUGAAGAAAUCCCUUAAAUGUGUCACAGCAGCCGCUAACAGUGCUGGACAGACUGAGGGGAAAUGUGCCUAAAUUUUCCAGUGAGUGUGUUCAUCCCUGUGCUCCUCUACGCCCCCCCCCCCCCCCUCAAUGCUGGUGCUCACUUGUGUACACACAGUGUAGCCUCCCUGGACUCGCUCCCCUACUCAGUACUCCAAAAAAAAAAAAGGCAAAAGAAAGAAAAAAAAAAUCUGUUAGAUCUGAAUGUAAAUCCAGAUUGUUUUUUUUUUGUUUUUUUUGUUCCCUCGUCCCCUCCCCAAAGUUUGAGAAUCUACGCACUUUACAAUCUAAAAAGUGUACCUUCAAAAAGAAAAUAAAGUUAUUCAACAUUU